AUGAGCUUGAGUGAAGAAUGGCUACGCAACAGCGCCACCCCUCACUCACAAUCAGAUUCUUCGUGUACAUCUCCGGCAUCCAACAACAAUAACAAUGACAACACUCCUCUUCCGGUCAUCAACACUUUUCGGGAUGAUUGGUUCAAGAAAGUUCAAGAUUCGGGACUGAGCUUUAAGGAAAUCGACAUCGAUGGAAAUAAACUGAAAGCAAGAGCCGUCGUCGUAAGCGCCAACGAAAACGCAAACGAAUACUUCCUUCGCUGUCCGUGCAUUCUCGACUCGUUUGGUAACGACGUUGGAGCUAUUUAUUUGGAUGUUUUCCAAUGUCCGCCACCGAAUGGAAGUUUUAUAAACAUCGGCGAUUGGCUCCAUGUUCGCACAAACAUUUACAAGAAAAAUUUUGGCGCCAAGGAAAUUACCCACAAAGUCGUCAAGAUACUGGAAGUUAUACCGAGUAAACUCGUUUGGUCGGAAUUGCAAAUCUUUCAACUAAUGAGAUCCAGCUUUAUUGAGAUUACGACGACCUUCAUCUUGCCAAGUGCAUUAAAAGAACGAGGCGAAGAUGAGUGCAUUUUGGAAUCUGAAGACGGCUUGCAAGUGCGCUUCCCGACUAAUCGAAUCAACAAAUUGAUCGAAGACAAUAGAGGUGCACAGCUAAGAGUUCAAACCCUUGCCACGUACACUCGGCCAUCGAUGGGCCGCUACGAAUGGCUAAAAGACUUUUCUGGAAAAGAAUUUGUGAGUGAUGGAGGCUUGGCGACUUCGAUCGAUCCAUCACUCGACCCAUGCGAUGAUUUUUAUCAAUUUGUGUGUGCCGGCUGGAAGCGAUCGAAUCCGAUCAAUGAUUUCCACGCGGUUCAAAGUCAUCCAAGUUCCCUUGUCACGCGAGUUCUCGUCAAUUAUAAUCAAUUGAUCACCGAAAUGGUCCAAAACCAGUGGAUAAUGGCGAGUCUGAAACGGGAACAAUUGCUCUGGUUGCAGUACAUUUUCUCUUGUGCGAAUCUCGAGAAAGCCGGUCGUUUAGGCACAAAUGUUUUCUUUGAUUUGAAAAGACGAAUCAAAGCGGCGAAUCUGCAAAAUCUGACCGAUUGGUUGAUCUUCAAUCACCCGUACACAGCUUUCUUCAAUUCUGGCGUCGCGGCCGAUGAUCGAGAUGCGACGAAAAAUGUGAUUUUGAUGGCUCCAUUGGAAACAAUCCAAGACUGGUCAAGCUAUUCAUCUCCUCUCUAUCGACAACAAUUCCUCGCCGUUCAGAAAUAUCUAAUCAAUCUAUUCACCCUUUUUUCCAAUGACGAUUUAGAGCAUGCAAUCUUUGAAAAUAACUCGACAGCCGUUCAGCGAAAAGUCGCCAAUAUUCUGAAAGUCGAUCAGCGAUUGGCUAAGAUCCUCGCCUCGUAUGUACCAUCAAAUUAUACCGAAAUGACGAUGCCAUUAAAAGACAUAACAAAAGUUAUCAAACAGAUAGACUAUCAGCGCUAUUUUAAAUCGACGAUCCCGCGAGAAAUCUUGGAGAAAAUUGAUAUCGAUGAGACAACAAUUCACAUUCGAAACGCGGAAGCGGUGAAGAAAAUCGACGAGCUCCUCGCCGGACUAACCCGCGAAGAAAUUGACGAUUUUGGUGACUUUGUGCUCUUGCAACACAUCAUCCCCUUUUUGGACACGCGAAUCAAAGACAUUGAAGAUCAAUACAAAUUCGAAGCUUUGGGCACUCUUCCUAUCGACGAUACAAUGGGCGAUUGCCUGAAAGCGGGCAUAUCGAAAUUUCCUGAAGUUGCCACAACUUUGUACAUUGAGAGAUUCUAUUCUCAAGCAACCACCGACAAGGUGAACUCAAUCGUUGCGAAUAUCAAGAUGGCUUUCCUCGAAAUUCUCAAUGGAAAUAAAUGGAUGGAUUCAAAGACGAAAAUCGAGGCCAGGAAAAAGGCAAAUGUGAUGACUCAAUUUGUUGGAUAUAACAAGAAGAUAUUCAAUGAGACAGCCGUUUCCGAGAAAUAUUCAACGCUAAUCUACCCCGAACCGAUCUCCUAUUUUGGCAUCCGUGUCACCUAUGAUCGAUGGAGUUCGGAUCGAGCUUUCGAGAAAUUGUUGAAAGGGAAUUCCCGAGAAGAUUUCGAGUUCUUGGCCACCACACCAAAUGCUUUCUAUAUGGCCAGUCGGAAUUCGAUUGCGAUCCCUGUCGGAAUCUUGCAAACUCCCUACUUCAAUGUCUCCCAUACAAGCGCUCAAAAUUAUGGUGCAAUGGGAUCGAUUAUCGGCCACGAGAUCACACAUGGUUUUGAUGAUUACGGCGCCAAAUUCGACGGUUUCGGCAAUCGCCGUGAUUGGUGGGACGGGAAAACGAUGAACAGCUUCAACAAAAUGACCAAAUGUUUCGUGGAUCAGUACGGGAAAACAAAAGUCGAUCAUUUGAAUUUGAUGAUUAAUGGAGCGAAAACGUUGAGUGAAAACAUUGCCGACAAUGGAGGACUCCGCGCCGCUUAUAAUGCUUUUCAGAAAGUUCUUCGCCGAGGUGAAGGCCGAGAACGGCCAUCCGCUUCCCAGCUCGCCCAAUACUCGCCCAAUCAAUUGUUCUUUAUGGGAUAUGCUUAUGUCUGGUGUCAAUCGGUGAGCGAUCAAUUUCUUCUUGCAAACGUUCCAGGUGAUGUCCAUCCUCCAAAUCGUCAACGUGUCAAUCUGGUUCUCCGAAAUCUUCCACAAUUCUCACAAGCUUUCAAAUGUUCACCAAAAUCGAAAAUGAUUGCCGGAAAGAAAUGUAAAGUUUGG